GUUUCCAGUCGGCUGUAUUAGCGGUCGGACGACAUCACAAUCGGCUUCUGUUAGAUUUCCCCUCCUGAGAUAACCCUUUAGAUCCUCCCGGUUUGUUCUCCUGAGGAUUCUUAAAGUUCUUCACGGAGGUCAAACAGGAACGGAGACUCGGUACCGGACAGGGACUCACGUUAACGUGAAUUUAACGGUUUAGAGUCCGGACCCGGACCCGGAGUGAGGGGACCGCUACAUGCUAAUGCUACAUGCUACGUGUACAGUGAGAGGAGGAAGCUCUAGGAUCACAGACCGGGUCCAGGUUCAGAGAGAACAGGGUCCAGAGAUGGGUUUUAAGGCCUUAUUUUACAGAGAGUCCUCCUCCGAGCUGUGGAUCUGACGGGUCAGGGUCUACCUGAGGAGGAUUAGUUAGCAUGGAGGACUCUGUGGUCUCUGUGAACACAUGAUGGAGACAGAUUAAAGCUGUCCUGAGUUUUCUCUUGGAGAAGUUUGAGUUUGUGUUGAAGUGAUAUUAAGAAGUUCAGAGGUUCAGACAUGAUGUACUCAUCCAGGAGGAAACCUGUCCUUUACUUCAAAGAGGAGAGAAGGUUCCUGUCCGGUAGAUGUACGGUCUACAAGUUGUUCGGCCUCUGCAUGGUCCUGCUGCUCGUCUCUCUGCUCUGGCUGCAGCUCAGCUGUUCUGGCGACAUGUCCUCCCCCGUGCACGAGGACCGCCGCCCCUCCUCCCAGCACCAGCUGCAGGCUCCGCCCUGCCCGGCUGACGGCCUGGCGUCCGCCACGGACGACCCCUCCUGGGGUCCUCACAAACUGGCGCUCAUCGUGCCCUUCAGAGAGCGCUUCGAGGAGCUGCUGGUGUUUGUUCCCUUCAUGCACACGUUCCUCAACAAGAAGAAGAUCCGACACAAGAUCAUCAUCAUCAACCAGGUGGAUCACUACAGGUUUAACCGGGCGUCUCUGAUCAACGUGGGUCACCUGGAGAGCGGGAACGACACAGACUACCUGGCGAUGCACGACGUGGACUUGCUGCCUCUGAACGAAGCUCUGGACUACGGUUUCCCCGAGGACGGCCCGUUCCACGUGGCCUCCCCUGAGCUGCACCCGCUGUACCACUACAAGACCUACGUGGGCGGGAUCCUGCUGCUCACCAAGAGACAUUACUACAUGUGUAACGGCAUGUCCAACAGGUUCUGGGGUUGGGGCCGAGAGGACGACGAGUUCUACAGACGACUGAGGAAAGCUGAGUUACAGCUCUUCAGACCGAGCGGGAUCACGACGGGGUAUAAAACCUUCCUCCACAUCCACGACCCGGCCUGGAGGAAGAGAGACCAGAAGAGAGUGGCGUCUCAGAAACAGGAGCAGUUUAAAGUGGAUCCUGAAGGGGGGCUGACUAACCUCCGUUACCAGGUGGAGUCCCGACAGGAGCUGACCAUCAGCGGGGCUCCCUGCACCGUCAUCAACACCAAACUGGAGUGUGACCAGAACAAGACGCCCUGGUGUCUGCUGUCGUAGGGGGAACCAAACAUGUCGGAACACCGGUGUCUGCUGUCGUAGGGGGAACCAAACGUGUCGGUACACUGCUACUCCUGCAGGAUUUAAUGCUUUAAACUCUGGAGCUGGUCCUGCUUCUAGAUUUUGCCAAAAGCGGCUGCAGCGUCUGAUCUCAGAUCUGCAGCUGUCGGAGGAAAUGAUGGUACAAACAGACGUAUUUAACACUGAGUCACUCCUGCACUGGACACAAACAGACAAUAACCGUGUGCUGAAACAUCCCUGUAGGAUCAGACUUAUUAAAACCUCCUGAUGGAUCUGACGGAUCAGCAUCCGGACCUUUACAACGUGUCUGUUUAGAAGUUAUCAGACGGAGAUGGACGGUCACACCAAACUGAAACUGAGGAUCCUGGCCGAGCUGUUUUAACUGGUCAUAUUUUAGUUCUGGUACCUGCUAGCAUGAUGUGAAUGCUAACUUUUUAUUUUGUUACUCUGGGAUCGUGCAAACAGAGCAGGAAGCCUGACGAGACAUCAACCAAACAAGCAGCUCACACCCAAACAUCACAGAUUAUUAUUAUUAUUCAUGACGAGGGAAAGAGGUCAAGAGAUUUUCAAAAGUCUGCUCACUAACAUCUGGAGUCUGUGGUUUCUGUCAGAACAGGGAUCAUGAGAACGCCUGGUUUAUACUUCUUGAGUUGACUCUACGCCGUGGUGGCCGACGCGUUCAUGAGCGCUACGUCGUGACAAAUUGGAGAUGAUGCGUGAGACCAUUAAUGAUACAGCAAUUAUUACAAGAGGAGAGGAGCAGAGGAGAUGGAAUUUACGUUUCAUUUAUGGUCGAUUGACGGUAAAUAUUUGUCAACUUAUGGCUGUUAUUUGUUUACAGUUGAUAUUUGACAGUUUACGGUCGAUGUACUUUGAUUAACGGUCUAUAUUUGCAGAUGAAUGGUCAAUAUUUGUCAAUUAACGGUCGACUUACGGUCAGUUAACGGUGGAUGUACGGUCGAUUAACGGUCGGUCCAUAUUUGUCAAUUUACAGUGGAUGUACGGUUGAUUUCAAUCGAUUGACGGUCUAUAUUUGUAGAUAAACAGA